AUUUAUUUAUUUUUUAAAUCAUCACUUUGAGUCUAAAUGAAGGGCUCACACUCAGUCAUGUCGAGCCGGAGGAGGAGAAGCAGCAGCGGGGCGGCCGGGCUCCUGUACCCGCUGCUGGGUGCGUGUCUCUGGGCUGCGGUGGUCGGAUACAAGCCGGUGAUCAUCGUCCACGGUUUGUUCGACAGCUCCGGGGAUUUUAAAAACUUACAGCGGUUCAUCAACGAGUCUCACCCUGGAACAAAUGUGACCAUCAUCGACUUGUUUGACAGAAGUGCCAGCCUGCAGCCCAUGUGGAAGCAGGUGGAGGGAUUCAAGGCAGCUAUUUAUCCAAUAAUGCAAAACGCAGCAGACGGCGUCCAUUUCAUUUGCUACUCUCAAGGUGGGCUGGUUUGCAGAGGAAUCCUCUCCACUCUGCCCAACCACAACGUCCACUCCUUCAUCUCUCUGUCCUCGCCUCAGGCCGGGCAAUAUGGAGACACAGACUACUUAAAGUACCUCUUCCCUCAGUUUGUCAAGUCCAACCUCUUCCACCUCUGCUACACUGCGUUCGGUCAGAGAAUAUCCAUCUGCAACUACUGGAACGACCCUCACCACAGAGACCUGUAUGUGAACAGCAGUGAUUAUUUGGCUCUGCUCAACAGCGAGAGAACUAAUCCAAAUUCAACAGAGUGGAAGAAAAACUUCCUCAAGAUCAGUAAGCUGGUGUUGAUCGGUGGACCAGACGACGGCGUCAUCACUCCCUGGCAGUCGAGUCAGUUCGGAUUUUACGACGACAAUGAGACCGUUGUGGAAAUGCAGCAGCAAGAUUUGUACUUGAGAGAUGUUUUUGGUCUGAAGACGCUGGCGGCUCGUGGGGAUCUGAUCAUCUGUUCUGUUCCCGGCGUCGUGCACACUUUGUGGCACUCGAACGAGACUGUGUUCCACACGUGUAUGGAGAAGUGGCUGGUGUGAACAAAACUCCAGUGCACACGCACACACACACGCACACAAAGAGGUACACAGUUUGCAGAUUUAUAAGCUCUAAACUUUCCACCUGUAUGAAACUCGGGUCUGGAAAUCAUUUUGUAGUAUCCUCACAAACAUUUGUGAGUUUUAAGGACGUUAACACACUUUGGAUUACACUUCACAGAGAUCUCCUGUCAAUCAAACGUUCCUAUUUUUUAUCCUUGUUUAUGUUUUUCAAGAUUCAUUUUGUUCUUAUGUUCAUCCUGUUGUCUACGGGGUUACUUUAAAAUGAAUAGUUUGACAUUUUGGAAAGUGUGAUACUUGGUUUCUUGCAGUUUGAUGAGAAGGUCGGUGCCACUCUCAUAACUGUAAAAUAGAUAUGAAGCUAACACUUGGAUUUUUCUAGGUGGACAGGGCCAAGUUAACAGUUACCUCCCUUUUUCCAGUCUUUGUGCUAAGCUAAGCUAACCAGCUGUUGUAUGUACUGUGGGUUCAUUAUUACUUCAUUAACAUGAGCGAUAUCAACCUUCUCAUCCAACUCUGAGACCAAAAACACGAUCAUUUAAAUUUAAGACUGUGUCAGUCAAAUCGAACACAGAUGAAAAUACUUUUAUAAACCUGGUAAAGGUUUGACUUUGAUCAUAUUAUCACAUUCGGCAAAGGGAAAGCAUAGCCGACAUUAAAGGAGCAUUCUGUGGAUUUGCAUUUUCAGGAAGAAACAGAUGAAAAAGAUAAAGAUCUAAAAAUCCACGGAGCAGAGACUUCUAUUCUAGAAGAUUCUCUACUGUACCUGUCUAAUGCUUGGAAGGCUUCUUUCGAUAGCUCUCCUUUUUUAUUCCUUACAUGAUUUUCUCCAUCAGUUUUGAUGUGAACACAAAUGCGACAAAAUGAAUGUCUUUCGGGAGAGAUGGGCGACUUUACCCCCCUUUUCAAACAAUACCUAAAAAUUGGUGGAGUGCCCUUUUAAUUUAUAUAGAAGUGAGUUUCUUACUAUCAAAUACCGAGCCCUCAUAGUUACCCAUGUGUCCGUGUGUUUCCUCACACAUACCUCAGAAACACCCCCACAACAGUGCCUGAGCAACGUACUGUCAUCCACAUGUACAGACUCAUCUUACGAAUUUGUCUUUUUAAUCCUUUUUUUUUUUAGUGUGUACAUCUUGAUGUUAUUAUCAUGCAGUGCUUCGGAGCUGUACUAUAUCACUUUCAUAGAUCAAGCCUUAAUAUUCCCCCCCCCCAUGCCUCAGUGUUUCAUGUCCAUUACCGAAGUGCUACGACCCACUGCCUCGUGUCGGUGUUUAUAAUGAUGGAGACGUGGAGUGGCUGGAGAGCGGCAGUGGUGUGUCAGUGUUAACGUGGCCACCAGACUAUUGUACGUGUCGCUCUUUACCUCCCAUCGCGUUAAUAUAUCUCAGGCGUUUGAGCAACGUUUGUCUCUGUUAGAAAAAGGGAUUUGUUUCUUGUAACUUUGCAUUUUGUUGGAUGUUAUAUUUACUGCCUGUUGUAUUUGCAGAUAUUUGUCAAAGAAGAAAUUCAAAUAUCUAAUAUGUGAUUUUUAAAACAAAAGAAGUGAACUACUGUUGCACAAUGUUCAGCCAGAUGAAGGGAAACGAUAAAGAGGGAUUUUAAGUAUUUAAAGUUUCUAAAUUUUAAUUAUUGUAAUUCUAUGCUUGUUAAAAAUGAAUUGACCCUCAGCCACUGCAUAUGGAUUAAGGAUUUAAGGGACGUCCUCUCAGCUCAGUCUUCUUGCAGGUAUUAAAUGUGGAUAUAACAACUUUUUUAAAACUCAAACAGAAAUUGCUAUUUUGACAUUAUCCCACAGUUUCUACAGUAUUUGAUCUUAAAAUGAAAAUGUGUCAAAUUUUGUCAAGUCCUCAAUAAAAGGCUGUUUUUGAA